AUGAGCGAUAUCAGUACCGAGGAAGAGCAAAGCCCAAACCCAACGUUUUGGCUCGAGUUUCGCACUUUUGACGAUGGCCUCUCGUCACAAGUCAACUCGUCAUCCACUCUCACCGAAUUUCCUCAAUUCGCACAACUACCGCCUGAGCUGCGUCUACGAAUAUGGUCGUGCCUCAUUCAACCCCGCAUCACCGUCGUCUGCUGUCUUCAGCGCGACGAACGGCUUGAUCAAAGACUUGCUGAGCUAAAUCAGCGGUCGCAUGGAAGAUCGGUGCCUGUGUUAUUGCACAUCAACCGCGAGGCACGAUAUCUAGCCUUGCAGCAUUAUGAGCUUGCCUUUGGCUGGCGUAUAUCCAAGCUCCUCUCAGAUACGCCCGUAUCUGAACCACCGCGCGUGUGGUUCAAUUUCGACCUUGACGCUGUAUAUCUAGCAGGUGAACUAGAGGCAUAUGACAUCUACGGUUUCAACUCGGCAAUGGUGUAUUUCUUACGGCGGGAAGACACCCGCAGGGUCAAGCAUCUCGCCUGCGUACUCUCGGAGCUCGGCUACGCGGAGCAGGAAAGUGAUCAGGUUUUUGGAUGCUUGUGGCAUGUUGUCGAUGGCUUUCCGGCUGCAAAGAAGGUCCUGCUGGUAGUGGGUGAAAAGGAUGAGGAGGCUUUGAAAGGAAGUAAGUUGUUGAGCACAGAUAACGUGAUGCAGAAGAUAUGGAAUGGUUUCUUGGGUGGAUCGGCAACCGAGACAAGUUCGAGGAUGGCGGACAAGUCAAUGCUUAUGAUCGAAGAACACGAUCUACCGGGGUUCAUUGCAAGGCAGUAG